CCGUGCUGGUGGCGGUGACGGUGUGGAACCAGAAAGGAAGCCGUAACAAGUUCAGGAAGCGAGGAGUUUAUCACAUCCCCGCCGAGCACGAGAGCUGGGAGGACAUCCGAGAAAACAUCCUGAACUACAACGAGGAGGGGGGGGGCGAGCAGGACCAGAACGGGUAUGACAUCACCGAGCUGAAGCGCCCGCUGUGCUCCAGCCUGUCUCAGUCCUCCUCCUGCACCACGGCGCCGCUCAUCAAGUCCUCCCCCGGCUCCCAGGAGGAGGUGCACCCGGCCGGCUCCUCUUGCAGUUCCGGAGCUCCCUACCUCAGCAUCCCGCACCACCUCCACCAGCACCACCUCCAGCACCUCCAGCACACUGCCGGCUGCCACGGCGACGCCCCUUCGGGGCCGCCCCCCCGCGUGGACUUUAAAAGCUACGUGGCGCGAAUCAUCUGGGAGGCGGACAAGGACGGUGAGGCGCUGCCGGUGGACGCCUACCACGUGUGGUGCGUGGAGGGCUCGGGGUCGGCGGUGGGAAGCCUCAGCUCGCUGGGGUCGACCGCAUCGCGCAGGAAGGCUCUCAUCAGGGACCAGCAGGAGGAGGAGGAGGAGGAGGAGGAGGAGGAGGAGGGGCCGGGGGGGUCGGCCUGCGACCGGCUUUCGCAGUGGGCCCAAAGUUCACAGCGCUGAGCGAGAUGUACGACCGGCUCCCGCUGGCCCUCGCGUACAGGGACGCCGUGGCCUGCGUCCAAAGGAGCAGCAGCCAAGAGCGCCUGCCCAACCACCACUAGGGGGCGCCACACUGCGCUAAGCUAACACCGCUAACAGACAAUUAACACCUUGCUAACACACGGCUAAGAACUAAAUGUUUCCGCAGCAUGUUGACAUUCCUUUCAGCUCUCCUUCGUUGGAGAAACCAAAGUCAACCGUUUAAAGAAUCCAACGCACAACGAGUGUCAAAUCGCACAAACCUCCAGACAAUCACCCCGUCAGCUGUUGGCGGCGGCUCUUCUUCCUUCAUGCGGCUCAAUCAGGAUUCUUCAGGUGGAGAAAACAAGCUGCAGGACAGAAGCAGUUAUUUCUUUUGUCACAAGGACUUCCAGAGCAAAAGUUUCCAUUUUUCUGAGGAAUGUCGUGUCAUUUGCUAACAGCAACGACAUCGAGGCCUCUGUACGAAUCUCACAAGGAGAACAUUAAGAGCAUUUUAAUCUGCUAACCCACGCACCCCCUCACAGUUUGACCUUUGACCCAUCCUCAAAAACUCACCGCACAAAGAAAAAACAGAAAUCCUCCAAUGGAAAAACUUUUCUUCAGAACUUUCCCGUCGUUGUCGCGUUGACCGACCAACAACCUGCUUUGUUUCCUCUUUUCAAACUUCCUGUUGCACCAGCGGAAUCAGACGAGGACCCACGAGUCCCUUUACUGGUAAAAUGAACAAUGCAGCGUGUAUAAUAAUGGUUUUCAGAUGAGAGAAUAUAUUUAUACUCUUGUAGGAACGUGGUGUCGGCAUGUCGUUGUUCACUUUGAGGGGUUUUUAAAUUCUUCACAAAGUCUUUAGCUUUUUUUGGAUGUUAAAGUUGAGACGAGUUCAUUUAGAUUUCAACUCUAGAGAAGCUAAAUGCUAAAUGCUAAACUGAACCACAGACCUCUUAUUUUUGCUGAAAUCAACGUAUUUUAAUUCUGCAUAUAGUGGUAUAAAGUGACUGCCUUUCAUUAGUGGAAACAGAUAUUUCUAUUACUUUUUACUAUUCACCUUUCGGUGGAACCUUAUUUUGGAAAAAUCUACAAUAGUCAACGGCUAGAGAACUUAAUCCUGUGUAAAUUGUACCAUAAAUUACACAUUAAUGUGACAGACGGACCAUGUAAAAAUGUCAGUAACUAUCACAGAUACUACGACGUCUGUGACUGCUAACUAAGCUAGUUAGCUAAACGACGUUACAUUUUAACGUAGCUACGUUAGCUAUAUAAAGUUACAUUUGGAGUAAAGUGUAGUGAUGUGAACCGUAGUGGUUUAAAACAGAACAAGUUAUCCGGCCUCUUUGUGUUUCAUCCAGUGACUCUUUUUGAUUGGUCCAGCACAAGGAGGCGGGGCCUCAACACUAUUUGUAAACAUAAACUUCCAAUUAGCAAACACAACGUUAGCACUAAUUGCUAGCAUGCACAUUUCCCAGCUUUCAUGUCUCAAUAAAAGAGUCUCUAGUGGCCUCUUACUGACCCGUAACAAUGACAGCUAUUAGCAUUAGCAAUUAGCACUAGUUAUAUUACUAUAACGGUAAAUAAAGUUAUUAUUUAAUAACUAAACUGUUUAGGAAACACAAAAGUUUUAAUCACAGCGUUGCAGAAUAUUUGGGCUCUUUAUGCUGAUAUUGUUCUGUUUGUUUCAGUAUUUCAAACACAUUGUUUUAUCCGUUAUAUUUUAUUUCUAUAAUCUGAAACAAAUGAUGACUAAAUAAGUAAAGACGAGUUGAUCUCAGAUUGAUUCCCAUGUUUUAGGAAGAAGACUUUUUAUACAAACAUUGAUCCAAACAAGCAGAACCAGAGGAAGAAAGGUGCAGCAUCAGCUGCUGUUGACGUGGUUCUGGACUCCCGGUUCUUCUCGGCUCGGCGUGACGUCGUCACACCGCCUGAUGAAUGUAGUUUUUAUACAGUCAGUUUAUUAUCUACUGGGAUUUGAUGAAAAGAGUCUUCACUUGAGCGUAACUCAAUCCUACGAUGACAAAAUGACAAAGAAAUCCAGAUGUUUUAAUGAUGUUUGUUUUUAUCUCACUUCAGGUCAGUCAGUCGGACAGUUUUUCAAAAUAAAAACCCUGAAAAUAAUUGUACUCAAAGCUAUGCAUCCAAACGGAACAACACAGGCGUCUUUUUCUAAACCAUGUGAAGCUUUGACGUGUGUGUGUGUGUGUGUGUGUGUUUGCCUCGUUGUGCGAUCUGUUGAUCGAUGUGGACGUUUUAUAAAAUCCUACCAUGGAAUAUUCCUUUUGUAUAUGACUUCUAAUAAAAACUGCUUUUCCCCUAAAAGAUUAA